AUGCUCUGGCGCUAUGGGCUGGGGCCGCUGAAGCUCGAUCGCUGGGUGGGCGGCUUCCUCAAGAGCUUCGAGACCAUCUAUCGGCUACAAAAGGAGGGAAAGGCGUUCAGCACUCCGAGGCGUCUUCUGGCUGCCUUGGACCCCCGCUUCUCUCGGAUGCUCGACGAGACCCUGGAGGACCGCCUACGCCGGGACGGCUUCAACGAGAGGAUGAUCCAAGAGCUGGCCAGCGGCAUGGUUCGCGUGAACUAUGGCCAGGGUCUGGGAGUUGGCGCCUUCGUCGGGGCCGUGGCGCUCUGUGGCUCGCAGGGACCUCUUUGGGCCGUGGAGGGUGGCAACCAGGUGCUGGCCGCGAAGAUGCUGGAGUCUUCUCGCGCCAGGCUGCACAGAGCCAGAGUCUGCCAGGUGGAGGCCAACGACGGGAGGUACCGGAUUCACGCAGACAUGAAGGAAGGGGAACUUCUGACGGAGGACUACGAUCUGGUCUUCCUGGCGGUUCCGCUGCAGAAUUCGCAGGACCUUGAGCUGUCCGGGCGCUCCUCGGAGAACCUCUUCGCCAAGGUGGUCCGGCCCUACCAGAGGAUUUACGCAACGUUCUUCGAGUCGCCACCAGAUGCCAAAUCCCUGCGUUGCUCAGAUCCAGUCCCGGGCAUCAUUCUGAGCACUACCGGCGCAGGAUUCAAUAGUAUUGGCCUACACAACAGCUCCCGGAAAGGAGACGACCAGCUGAUUUGGAAAGUUUUCUCGCCGGAACCACUGACAGCCGAGCAGUCGAAGAAGCUUUUCCCGAAUGGACACAAAUGCGAGACAGUUGGCUGGUGGGCCUACCCACAGUAUGAGGCGACGGGCAAAAAGUUUGCGGAUUCAGCUUUCUGCCUGGACGGAGCUGGCCUCUACUACUGCAAUGCAAUCGAGGAAGCGGCUAGUGCCAUGGAGAUGGCAGUGCUGGGAGCAAAGAACUGUGUUCUGCUCGCCAGCAACCGCCUCAAAGGAGCGACAAGCAAUAUCGACACCCCCUCACUGCCAGCGCGGCUUUGA